AUGCAGAAGACGCCGGACCAGAAGAUGGAGUUUGAUGGAUGCAACACGAAGCAUAGACUGGACUCUCGCAGACGAACAACCCCAGAUCACCACAUCCAAUUUAUAAUUUCAUCAGAACGACACAGUCUGAGCAAGCUCCUUGAAGGGGAGAGCCUGAGGAGAAGCAUGAGUGGGGAAGACUCCCCUGGAGAUGCUUGUGAAGUGGAACAGCCAGUUGGAGGUGCUUGGAAGAAGUGCCCAGGACUCGCAAGAACUCGCUGAGAAGACGGUAGACUAACUAAAAUCUUUUGACUAAAACAGUAGGAAAUACUGAUUUAAGAAGGAGGAUUUUAUUUAAUCAUAAAAUAUAGGACGUAAGUGAGAUGGUACUUGCUUUGGUCAGCCACUUAGAAAAUGCGACUACUGUCGGAUAUCUUAUAAAUAAAUUAAAUAAAGUGAAUAAUUAAUUAAUUACUCUUUU